UCUGAAAAUUAAAAGUGUCGUUUCGUUUUGAUUUCCAGAGUUCCCGGAAUCGCGGUAUUCCUUCAUUCCUUCCGGAAUAGUUCGUGAUCAAGUAAAUCCACCAUUGGCCUUCAGUUGAACUACAGUACAGCCUCUCAUUUUGUGCCCAAUUCCCAUCGUCGCGUAAGAAAAGCAUCACAGUGUGUCCAGGGACCUUCCCUAAGGUUGCAGUGAUAACAAAUGGCGCAUGGACGCUGGCCCUAUCCCAAUGACAUAAGUCCUGAUGCCUCUCCUAUGUCAUCCCAAGAUCUAGAAGACAAGAACUAUGUGGUAAUUCAGCAUGCUACGAACGUUGUGCAAGGCAACUUGACUGUGAUACAUGGAGAACCCAGAUCCCAGCAAAAGCAGCGUCCUCGUAGAGAAAGGAAGCCCAAAAAGCCUAUUACAGAAUCAACAAAGCCACUGAAUCAAGACCAGAAAGAGGGAAUCUCUAAGCGAGUUGGAGAUGACUGGAAGAGACUGGGUCGUCGUUUAGGAUUUGAUAAUGCGCUUCUUGAACAGUGGGAACUUGAAAAGAAACCAGACUAUACAGAGCUGAACUAUCAUAUAAUAACAAAUUGGGAACAAGAAAAGGACAGGGAAGCUACAUGUGCAACUUUAGCUGAAAUCCUGUAUAAAAAGCUAGGCCGUGGAGAUUUAGCUGACUUAUUAGCAGAUUGAGGAACCGAGAUAGACCUAAUGCUGCAUGUUAAACACCUGUCAAAAGCCUCAUGAUACUUACAACAGUACAUGAUUUAUUUUUGCUGUAGUUCUUUACCGUCCAACCAGUUUUAGAAGUAAAAUUUUACAUAUUAAAAAAUUGGCAUUUAUUCCAUUUAGUCUAACUUCUUUUAACUGUUUAUCUUUUUUUAUAUCAAGGCAGAAUUUUCAAAAAUUGUUUUUAAAACAAUGGGAUAGGUAUAAGGGGUGUGGGAGGGUCAUUUAAAAUUACUUUCAAUUUUUCACUUAAACAAAUUACAACUUACAUCCCAAUUCACAUGCCAAAUAUAUUUGAAGGCUGAACAUUUUGGGUUGUACAUACUGGCGAGAAGUGAAGAAAAGAACUUGAAAUCUACAGACCACGAUGUCCUGGUCUACACAUAAAAAAAUUUGCUCAUUGUACUUCCUCCAUAUAUGUCAUUAUGACUGAUUUAAAUUGGCAGCAAUGAUUCAGUUCUUUGUUAUGACAUGUAAUUAAUGUAAUACAUGUUGUAGAUUCAUUUCGGAACUGAAACGAGUUUAAGAAAUAAAGUGGUUGGACAAUUAUACAAUGAAUACAUGUGACGAAUCAAUUUUCAAAAUGGUUCUCGUUCAGAUCUUAGUUUUUGUAUUCUUGAUUAGAAUGAAUCUGUGACUGAAAGGAAACUGAAAGUUGACAAAGACAUGGUCAUUGCCUUGGUGAAGACAAUGAUUUGUUUGAUAAUGUCCGGUUCGUUUUUUACAAUACUAGUACUCCCUUCUCUGUGAACAUGGGGGACCGGUGUCUGGUGUAGCAGUUACGCGCUUCGCCUUGCACACAAAAGACCUGAGUUCUAUUUGCGUGUGUGGGGAAAAUUUUUAUAAAGUAUCUUGAGUCUUUCUGUAGGAACAUUGUGUCACCUACGA